AUGCUGAUCGGCUUACUAGACGGUAUGAACGUCAACUGGGCAAAGGAAAUUUUCCACAAUCUACAAGACAUGGUGAAACCGGAUUCCGCCCGGUCAUGGGGAUACGCCAUUCCUCUUGGGAAGAUCAUGCUCCACCAUAACAAAAAGCAGCCGCCCCCCGGUUCCACAGGUGGCCGAAAGAAGAAGUCUACAACCGAGAAACCGGCUCCGGUAAAAGGCAAGUCCGGAAGCAAGGACAAACAACAGAUAGAAUCUGCGGAACCGCACUCUGAAACACAUGAUGAGGAAGACUCAGCUUCCACGUCUGACCGAACCGGCACGCAGAAAACCGAUGAAAAUCCUUCCGAUAGAGAAGGACCGAUUGAAGAGGAACAAUCGGCUAUAAGCCUUGAAAACACCGAUGUCGGUGUAGACGGCCGUGGGGAGGUAGAGGUUACCGCUGACAACGACCAGAAGAUGGCCGAAAUUAUAGUGCGCAGAAUCUUGGAGGAAAUCGAUCUGCGAGCUCAAGUGGCUGCCGAAGUAUACCGUGAAUGGUUCGGAAGGCUGAAGGAGAUAGAAGAGGACGUCAUCAUCCUGACAAACGCCGAGAAUCUUAACGAAGCCAUGGACCGACAGACAUUAGUAGUACCGCAUGCUCGGCUACAAAAGCUAACCGUACGUAUACGAAAGCUUUCAGAAAGGUGUGUUGCGGGAACACCGAAGGCUAAGUUACAGCUCGUGGUGUUGGAUAAGCUUGAGAUAAAGAAAGGAGAAUUCACUGAAGAAAUAGAGCGGCUUGAAGCGGUGCACAGACAGCAAAUCACACCGCACUCUCCAGCUCUUGAGACCGGUGACGGUCUGAAUCCAGGAAAUACAUCUCCUCUGGCGGAUCCGGUCAUAAACGAAACCGACGAAAGGACAGAGACUCCUUUCACCGGGCCACUUGAAACUGAUCAGCCUGGGGAUUCAGAACCGCCCAUCACAGAAGAGAAAAUCAAGACUCUUAUUAAAGAGUCGGUCAAAGACGCGGUUAAAUCCUGGAAGAAGAAGGCUAAGAGGGUCGCGGUUCAGGCAUUCCAAAUGGCCGAAACAACGAGGGAUAAUCUUGUGAAGGCAGAGGCCCGGAUCACAAACAUCGAAGCCGACUACCAGGAUGACAUGGUUCUGCACAACGAUCAUCUUCAGCAAACCGAGGACUUGGAAGAUAAGACCUCCAGGAUGGUGGAUGACAUGGAUCGGUUUCAAAGGGAAAUCGAGCAACAGUUCACAAAGGUCGAUGAGGACCUAGGGCGGUCAAGCGGCGAAGUCGGUUCGACCAUUGACAGGGUCAUAGCUCUUGAAAAGAAGAAUGCGGGUCUUGAGGAGCGCAACGACAAGCUUGAAGCUGACCUUAAGGCGGUCACCGAACAGGUGACCGAGUUGAUAAAUGCCAAGAUUAAUGCUGAUAAAGCGGUUGAAGAGGCAAACGCUCGAGCGUCUAAGGACAUUCAGGAUGCGCUGGACGAAGAAACGCGGAAAGAAAAGGAAACACCGCGAUUGACUGAAGAGGAAAUAGCCGUGCGCGAACAACACCUAGCGGCUAAAAAUCCGGCACUUGCGAAGUCCAUGGCAGCUCAAGCAGCCGAGGAUGCAGAGCGGUUAAAUACUGAAAAACGAAGACUCGCCGAUUACGCAAAGGCUCACAAGAAGACCAAGGCGGCUUCCUCCUCUUCGGUUCCGGCAAAACGAAAAAGGAAAACACCAUCAAGGAAGGUUCAAGUAGUCGGGAUGCUGGAAAGGAUCACCGAGACGGUUAUUGAAACUCAACCGAACCCAGCUAUGCACACCGAAGAUGAAGACGAAGAGAAUAUCGAGCCGCGGUCUACAAGACAGCGAAUUCUCAAUGCGGUUCCAAUCAGCACGGUCGGACAACCGUAA